CAAUGUCAGGCAUGGAAUCUUUUGGAGUGGUUUCAAUUACGGUUAUCGUUGUUUUAUUCGUUUAUUCAAUCUCAGGAGCUUUCUUUGAGCAUAAACAUGUAUAUAUUUUGAAAUAAAUUUGUAGAUCCACAUAAUUCAUGAGACAGGCUUAGGAAUUUUGCUGGGAAUACUGAGUGGAUUCUUUUUUUAUCUUGUCCUUGAGGGCACACUGCGUUCAUUAGUAUAUCAUCAAUAUGAAGUAGUAUACUUUUAAUGGCACAUUCUUUUUCUAUAUUCUUUUACCGAUAAUUAUAUUUUGUGGAGGUUACAACUUGAACAAAAGGAGGUUUAAUAUUAAAUUAGAAUUAUUAUAGAUUUGCAUAAAACUUUUUUUAUAUAAUGUUAUUUGGAUUAGCUGGAACAAUAUUGACAUUUGCGUUUAUCUUCAUUUUCACAUAUAUAGUGAAUGAAUAAAGUAUAAAUUUUUAUGAAUUAGAUUUGAUAACGGAAUCGUUCAAUCAAGAUAAUGUAAUAAAAUUGAGUGUUGAGAAUAUCAUGAUUUUUUCAGCAACCAUAUGUGCCUCUGAUAGUGUAGCAGCUUUAACAAUGAUUAAACCAGAAAAAUAUCCUAAAUUAUUUAGUGUUGUCUUUGGUGAAGGAAUGGUCAAUGAUGCAGUAUCCAUUAUCCUUUUCAUUUCAGUUGAAUUAAUAAGUAAUGAUAAUGUAGAAACUUGGAAAAUGCCACUUGAAUUGAUGUGGUUAUUCAUCAAGGAAUUUUUUGGAAGCAUGGCUAUUGGGAUAAUUUUCGGUAUGUAUAUCAAAAAAAUUUAAUCUUAGGUUUAUUCACAUCACUUUUAUUUAAACGAUUAAGAUUCUUGACGGAGUCUGUGAUUCUAGAAAUAAUUAUAUUAUUAUAUGUUGGAUAUGCAAGUUUUGCAAUUUGUGAGUUGUUGGAAUUAAGUGGUGUAAUCAGUGUUUUGGUUUGUGGAAUAACUUUAGCUCAUUAUAAUUAUUAUAAUCUUUGCAACCUGGGAUAAAUAUCAUCAAAGUAUAAAUUCAUGAAUACUAAAUAGAAUAACAUUGAAUUCAUUAUCGCUCUUUUGCGAAUCCUUUAUCUAUGUAUAUUUGGGCUUAGCCUUAUGGGCAAUAAAGGGAGAAAAUGGAUUAGAUAAUAUGAAAACAAGUUGGGUUUUUAUUUUGCUUGAAAUCGCAAUAUGUUUUGUUUCAAGAGGAUUAUCCUUAUUUAUAUUAACGAUGAUAUCCCAAAUCUUCACUGGGAGAAAAAACUUUAAAUUAACCUUUUGGGAGCUAAAUAUCGUUUGGUUUGCAGGUCUUAUAAGGGGAUCUGUUGCUUAUGCUCUUAUACAAAAACUUCAUUACAAGGAAGAGGAGAAAGAAUAGGUUUAGCUUAUGUAAACAACAAUUUUGAUUAUUGUUGUUAUUACAACGAUAAUACUUGGGGCAAUGAUGCCAUUUUAUAUAUCAGGUAAUUUGUAAAUACAGGAACAUCGUAACAACAAAAAGAAAGUCCAAUCUAGGGAUAGCAUUAGAGUCACUUUUCUAGGGGUAAAGAAAUUGAUUAUAUUUAAUUAAAGGAAAUAUAAGGAGGUUUAGGUGAAAACGAUGAUUAAUAGUCUAAAAAAAAAUCUAAAUUUUAUAGAUGGUUAGCUCACAUUGAGGAAAAAUAUAUGAAGCAAUGGUUUAUAUACAAUUAUAGUUAAAGAAGAUUGGAAAUUAAAGAGCAAAAAUAAUUAUAGAAAAAGGCAAAUGAUGGGAAUUAGCCAAGAAGAUAAACAGUUCAAUUCUAAAGAUAGGACAGUUAGGGAUACAACAGUAGAGUAUCUAAAGUUAUCCAUAGAUCAACUAUUAAUUCAAAAUAUACUGGAAUUUAAUAAAUAAUUCAUUGUAUUGAGGUACCUAAUGAGAUUCAAUAUUAUCAUGAUAAUGAAGAAUUGAAAACUUAAGUACAAGAUCAGAAUGAUUUUAGAGAAGUUGAUGAGAAUUUAGAAUAAUCAAAUAUAAAGUGA